AUGCCAAUCCUGUUGCUUUUGAUCGGAUAUCCCCUCACUGAAAAUGGUGUACAAGCUUUCACUACAAAACGAAAUCCUAAUCCAUUGGGUAGCCCAUUCUUUGGUGGUCAACAUCAACAACAAUGUGGUCAUGUCCACUGCAAACUUUUCCAAGUUCUAGCACCUCCAAGCCAAACAUCAUUUUCAGUUCUAUCAGCCACCAAGAUUAAGGAUGUCGCUUGCACUUCCACUGAAACCCAGAGCAACCAAAAACCAUCAGAGAGCAAACACGCAGUGUCACAUUUGGAAAAUGAUGCGAACCUCAGCACAGUCACAGUCAACAAUCCUACUUGGGAUCAGAAUAUUGCGGCAAUGCUGGAAUACAAAGAGAUCCAUGGCACAGUCAACAUACCCACACAGUCAAAAGAAUACCCCAAACUAGCAUUAUGGAUCAAAAAUAUGAGGCACUAUAAUGGACGCUUGGCACGGGAACAGGUUGCUCAGCUAGACAGCAUUGGGCUUUUAUGGACUGAUGCCAAAAUGGACAAGCAUGAGAGGAUGUGGCUGGUAACGUUUGAGGAAUUGAAGGAAUACAAGGCAACUCAUGGACACUGCAGAGUUCCUAUCAAAGACGGCUGUCUUGGUACCUGGGUCAAAACACAACGCCGUCAAUACACUACUGGCAAGCUCAGGAGAGACAGACAAGAGAUGCUGGAAUCCAUUGGUUUUGAAUGGAGGCUUAAAAGGUUUGUCGAGGUGAAGAAUCCAGAACAGGAAACUUUGUGGAAUUCACAAUAUGCCAAGGUUGUUAGAUUCAAGGAAGAAUAUGGCCAUACACGUGUCCCAUAUCGAUAUCCAGAAAACCCAGAAGUUGGCAUUUGGGUGCACAUUCAGCGGAAUCGAAACAAAAAUGGCACCUUACGACCUGACCGCAAGGCGAAGCUUGAUGAAAUUGGUUUUGUAUGGGACAUUUCUGAAUACUUUUGGGAUACCCAAUAUGAUGCACUGGUGAAGUACAAGGAAAGGCAUGGUGACACUCGUGUGCCUCGAGAUAAUCCAGAAAACAAGGAACUUGGUUUUUGGGUGGGUAAACAGAGGCAGAAAAAGAAGAAUGAUGUCUUACGACCUGACCGCAAAGAAAGGCUUGAUGGGAUUGGUUUUGUAUGGGACUCUCGUAAACACACCUGGGGUGACCAAUAUGAUGCACUUGUCAAGUACAAGGAAAAGCAUGGUGACACACUUGUGCCUCGAGAUUAUCCAGAAAACAAAGAUCUUGGUUUUUGGGUGGCCACUCAAAGGCAGAAUAUGAAAAAUGGGACCUUACUGGCACGACCUGACCGCAAAGCAAAGCUUGACGCGCUUGGUUUUGUAUGGGACUUUGAUGACAUCCUUGGAGAAGCUUGGCUUGAGCGAUAUGAGAAUCUCAAGUGGUGCUAUGCCAACAAUGCUAAUUUUGAUCGGAGUCUUAAUACAUCAUGGACAAAGCGUCAACGCAUUUUUAGUGCAAAGGGCUUGCUUGCACCUCAUAGGAAAGCGCUGCUGGAUGAAAUUGGUUUUGACUGGUAG